AUGGUUAAAGUUAAACAAAUUGAUUCCUUUCUAGAGGUCUCUUGGGAGAAAAACACAUGCAAGAAUGGAUAUGACCAGAAUAAUGGGGUCCUACCUAAAAACCAGAAGAUUCAGAAAUACAAAGAGUAUGAGAAAGACGUUGCCAUAGAAGAAAUUGAUGGCCUCCAACUGGUGAAAAAGCUGGCAAAGAACAUGGAAGAGAUGUUUCACAAAAAGUCUGAAGCCAUGCGGCGUCUUGUGGAGGCUGCAGAAGAAGCACAUCUGAAACAUGAAUUUGACGCAGACCUGCAGUAUGAAUACUUCAAUGCUGUGCUGAUAAACGAAAGGGACAAAGAUGGGAAUUUUUUGGAGCUGGGGAAGGAAUUCAUCUUAGCCCCAAAUGACCAUUUUAAUAAUUUGCCUGUGAACAUCAGUCUGAGUGACGUCCAAGUGCCCACGAACAUGUACAACAAAGCUGCAGAAAUGUAUUUCGUGUUAAGAGGACCCGCCGGCUCAGAUCUACUUAUUGAUGACAUGUACUCAGAACACGUGCUCAGAGCUUGGUCGCUGGCUGGCUGUGCCCUUCCCAG